AUCCGUCGCUGAGCCAAUAGUCGAGCGUCGUUGGACGAAGGGGGCCAAUCGGGACGGAGAACAAGAAAUACUGGUAAUACUCGGAGUGUGUUCCUCGCGUUCAAUAAUGGUGGUCGCAGGAUCCUUGGUAUACGAAAGUCGAAAAGUUGAUUGUAUUAAAAAUUAAAAUCCAAAAUGGCAGUGGUGGGCAUUUGGAAAUGUGCAAGAAGCGUGAUGUAAAUAUGAAAAGCAUUCAAACAUAAGGUCCUCUCUUAACUCCAACAAGAGCAAACUUUAACUGGCCUAUUCUGCGACCCUCGAUACAUUACGCAUAAAGAGCAAACAAUUUACAUGAAAGUAGUGCAAAAAAAGUUUGAAGAAAAAGAAGGAAAUAAAAAAAUUAUCAUAAACUUAUAAUAUCAUCGACUAAUGGCAUCCUCCGCUAUCGCUGUUCCCUCCGGAACAGCUCAGCUUCCGACCACCGGAGGGUCCUUAGGGAUGGAGGAAACCGACGGAAGCGACAUUUUUGGCGACAGGAAUGGAACUUAUGCUGCGGGAAGUCCUGGAGACGCUUUAGAGGAGAUCACCUGCGGAGCCGAAGACACUAGGGACCAGGCAUGUAGUCUCUGCGAGGGAAAAUUGUGCUCUCCUAGAGUCCUGGGCUGUUUACACGUGUUCUGUGAAGCUUGUUUGGAUAAACUUUUGAUGGACGAAGCCGGGGACUCUAAAGUUGGUUCAGUUCUGAGCUGUCCUCAGUGCAAACAGGAAACUAGGGUUGGACCUAAGGGUGCUGGGUCACUCAUGUGCGACUACGUUCUUACCAAUAUAUUGGAUAUGUCCGCCAUUGAGAACAUGGCCGUGUUGUGCACGUCGUGCAAAACUAAGGAAAGCGCGGUCGCGCGAUGCUCCGAUUGCGCCAAUUUUCUUUGCCCGAACUGUAAUACUGCUCACCAAUUUAUGAGGUGCUUUGAAAGUCACAAGGUCAUCGCUUUUGAAGAGCUUAAACAAUCCAACGAAGCUAUACCUAUACAUAAACCUAUUUUUUGUGAGUCUCAUCCUGCCGAAAAUAUGAAAUUUUACUGCUACACGUGUCAGGAGCCAAUAUGCAACGAGUGCUUGCUGGUUGAACACAAGGCUCCGGAUCACCAGUACGAGCGACUGACGGAUGCAGAGCCGCGACAGAAAGAGGAACUCUGUAACUUGAUGACUGAAAGCAAAUCUAGAAUUGCAGAAUGCGAUCAGGCCUCGUCUCAGUUGGACAAUGCGCUUAGCGAGUUGCAAGCUCAACAUGACCAGGCCAAAGAUUUAAUUAACGAGACUUUUCAAAGUUACAAGGCAGUUCUCGAAAAAUGCCGGGAAAAUGCUCUAGACACACUUGAACAACUACAUUCCGAACGUGAGCUCAAGAUAAUGGAUACUUUCCAUAGCGUCGAGAAAACCGUCGAGAAAAUAGAAGAUGCUUGUCGUUUUACCUCAAGACUAUUAGAGCACGGAGAUGCAGUCGAGAUUCUAGCUCUUCGAAGAGUAGUUGGUUCACAACUAUUGAGCCUAAUCAAAAGUACACCAAAGCUAAACGUCACGUUCUCUAUUGAGUUUGAAACGGACUUUAACCACUUUGAAAAGACUGUCAAGGAAUCCUUCGGUAAAUUUCGCACGGAAAGUACGCCAACCAGGACUCAGGAAAAAGCUCCAAGCGUUACUGGAGUUUCCGUUCAACAGAUGGCCCAUAAUUCAAUGGGUUGUCCUAGUUCAAUUACUACCAGUUCCCCCAUUUCACUUCCUGCUUCUAUGCAGUCAUCCUUUGAAGGUGAACCGUCAUUCGUUAUCCCCCCGACUUCCAGUCCCCAAAAUGUACCGCCACCACCGCCUCCUGUCUCUCUUCCCCCAGGUCCAAUUCACGGUCUCACUAGUAUUCAAGAGUACAAUCUUCAGCAACUUGCCAGUCUAGCUGAAAAAGUGGAGAUGGCAGGUGACAGUGGCGUUGUAGGCCCCAGCUCAAAUUCCAGCCCUACUCCGUCCUUCACAUUGGCUGAAUUGUUUACCGGGGACCUCAGCUCGACAAGUCAUGCCAUCAACAAUCUUCAGGCUUUAGCCAAGCUUGGAAACACACUUGGUAAUCAAGAUCUCGGUAACACUGCUUUGAACGGAGGUGGGGGCCUAGUUCUGGGCCGUGGUCCAUCUCCUAGUUUGGUCGACAACUCUAGCCUAGGAUCUUUGACUGCUAAUAGUAUUUUAAACGGAGGAUUUCAAUCACUCUCUUCUUCAACAUCGCCAAUACUUUCGCGGGGACCAGAUGAUCUUAUAGGAGACUCAAUGCACAACAUCCCCGUUGCUGUCGGUGGCACAGUAGGUAACGUUAGUGGUACUGGAAGUGGGAAUUAUGCUCACCCACGUUCCAGCAACCCAAAACUUACCCCUAUGCAGAUUAGGUGCAAAUUUGGACAGCUAGGACCGAGUAAAGGACAAUUUAACUCGCCUCAUGGAUUUUGUUUGGGGACAGACGAGGACAUAGUAGUAGCUGAUACCAAUAACCACAGAAUUCAGGUGUUCGAGAAGAUUGGAACAUUCAAAUUCCAAUUCGGUAUCCCUGGAAAAGAAGAAGGUCAAUUAUGGUACCCACGAAAGGUCGCAGUGAUGAGAAAUAGUGGGAAGUUUGUUGUGUGCGACAGAGGUAACGAGCGCUCUAGAAUGCAGAUAUUCACUAAAAAUGGCCAUUUCAUCAAGAAAAUAGCUAUUCGAUAUAUCGACAUAGUAGCUGGACUCGCAGUCACUAGUCAAGGGCAGAUUGUAGCUGUAGAUAGCGUAUCUCCGACUGUUUUUGUCAUCAGUGACACUGGAGAACUUCUCCGGUGGUUUGACUGCAGCGAUUAUAUGAGAGAGCCGAGUGAUAUUGCUAUCAGUGGGAAGGAGUACUUCGUUUGCGAUUUUAAAGGACAUUGUGUAGUAGUUUUCAAUGAAGAAGGUCUAUUUUUACGCCGUAUCGGUUGUGAGAACAUAACAAACUUUCCAAACGGCAUUGAUGUUGGCGAUGCCGGUGACGUGCUUAUAGGUGAUUCGCACGGUAACCGUUUUCAUGUGGCUGUUUUCACAAGAGAUGGUUCCCUUGUCUCAGAAUUCGAGUGUCCGUACGUCAAGGUCUCACGUUGUUGUGGACUCAAAAUCACGUCAGAGGGAUACAUAGUCACCUUGGCCAAAAACAACCACCACGUACUUGUUCUCAACACCCUAUACAUAUUAUGAGGCGUGGUGAGACCAAUAAUUAUAACUUAACUUCCUCCUGCAAGUGGAACCUUUUGGAACUGCUUUGCUUGCAACGAAAGACAAACGCAUGCCCAGGGCAAUUUUUCGGUUGACUUUCGGGCCUAUCAAAGCAAUAGUAAGUGCAGCAGCAUGCAGCUUUAUAUAGUAAUACAGUACAUGCGUCCUUUUUUUAAAAUGAAAGUAACACAUCCGGGAAAAAGGUAAGCGUACAUCUCCGACCAAACAGUAUAAAAUAUAGAAGUUAGUUACCUGAUUACAUUGGGAAACCCGUUGAAAUACACAAGCUACGUUAUUUGAAACAGUGGUAUUAUUGUUCGAGGCCGAAAAGCAAUUAACAUGGCCUUUUGUCAAAUUUGAUUUUACAUCAUUUUUGACACGUCAGUAUUUUAGGUACAUUCGUUAAUCAAACUAAUCUAGUCUGGGGCAAAGUCCAUCGAGUAAACUCGCUAACAUCCAUUUACUCGUAUAAAUAAAAGCUCUACUUUGCUUUGAUUGCCUGUUAAUAAUGCGAAUCUGGCGAGUAGAAAAAAGCACCAAGAGUUGGAACGAGUAUUUGGCUUUUAGAACAUACAUUUUUUUGUAAAACGUAUUUUGGAGAUGGGUCGAGUUAUCGUCGAUAGCUCGCAAAAAAUCUUUAUCUCAUUGAAUAACUAAAGUGUUGCAUGCUGCGAGAUAGCUGUUAGUACUUCCUGCUCCUUACCCUUCAUAUCGUCAUAUUUAAAGAAAAAAAAAGGAAAGAAAGAUGUAGUCGUUAAUACAACACUCACCUAAACCACGUGAACGCCAUGUUCCUGACUUUCCUGCUUAUUUCACUUAAUAACGUAGUUAAUAUCAAAUACAAUAUAUACAAAAUAAAAAAAAAAUAAAAAAAAAAUAAAAUAAAAUAUGUUACUACGAAAAGAAAAAGAGAAGAAAAUACAAACUUACGUCUUUUUGAAAAUCAAACAUUUAGUAACAUUUAAAAGCAAACUUACAAAGCAUACUACGAACGUGAAACGAAACGAUUAAUUAAGUAUUGCCAGCAUAAAAUUCAAAGUUGUUUUUAGCUCCGAUUUUCGCGUUGUUAAAUUAGAUGAGACACGUAAUGGUUAACAAUAUUUACUCAGGAUGCUUUAUUAUGGUCCACCGUAUGAAAUAUAUUAUAUAUACGAGAGUGUGAAUUAUUGGUUCGUGGUGCUAGUGUCCAAUAUCCAUACCUUGUAAAUGUAUUUGUUAUGAAAUUGCAAAAGUUACUCUCUCUCUCAUUUUACAAUGAAAGGAAGUAAUUGAAUAGUUCAAUAUAAAGUUCGUAGAUGAAUAUUAUACUAGUAUCAUAGGGACGAUACUUUAUCUAUGUAAAAUAGCGUACAGUUUGCUAAACAAGUUCUAUUUAUGUAAAUACGAAAACACAAUUCAUCAAAUAUCCAUAUAAGGAAAAGGUAAAAAAUUACAAAAAAGAAAGAAAAAAACAUACCUAUAUAGAAACACACAUAUUUUUUAGGGUUGUUUACAUAACCAGCCUUAAGAUUUGAUUGAACUAAAAUAUGUAAAGUACACAAGCUAAAACAUGCAUCGUCAGGUAUAUUUUGACAGUUCUUCGUUACUGUGUUACCUUACUCAUUAUUAUCCAUGAUAAUAUUAUUAACAAUAUAUAUGUAUAUAUGUACUAUCUAUACUAGUAUAUGUAUAUUAUAUAUGUUAGUAUAAAAACUUCUCUUGCCAUACCAAAUGUUAGGUAACACAGCCGCGUUAUUAAUAGUUAUAUUCAAACAGCUUUACUAGGUUUAUCUUGCAUAUGGUUAUACACGAUCAUCAAGCACGGAAUAACUGAAUCUAGUAUUACGUACCCAAAUUGCUUAUCGGUUCACAAUUGAAAAAACAGUGUCAUGUAGAGAAUUAGUAAGUGUAGUAACAGAGUAACCAACCAGUGUAGUUUUACGCGUAAAUCAUCAGCACAUUUCGUAUAUACAUCGCAUUGCGUUAAGAGCCUACCUACACCUGAAACAAACCAGUCAUAAUCAUCUGGUAAAUGUUGCGAGGUUUUAAUUUUAUAUAUGCCAUUAAAAUUAAUCCUGAACUAUAUAUAAUAGUCAUGGUUAGCAGAGUUAUAAAAAUAAUGCCUGUGAUAAUAGUAUCGUCAGGAUAAGUUGUGUCCUUAAGAGUCUCUGAUGUUGUUGCUAGGUAAUAUAAUUAGAUGUACUAAACGAGCGAAAGCUGGUGUGUGCCUCAUGUAGGUGUGUUCACGUCAAAAAUGCACAACGACACCAACAUGGCGCCACCAACAGUCUCACAUGCGGUACACUGAAAACGAAAAAAUGAAUAAAAGUGAAGAGGAAAAGGAAAAGAGGAAAAAAGAAAACAAAAAAAAAAGAUAAAGAUAAAGAGAAUAUGUUGCAAAUUUUUUGUCAGUCAUAUUAUACAAACAAAAACUCAUAGCAUAACAAAUGGAUGAUGACCAUUAUUUGAAGGAAGGAAGAGAAAAAAAAUGGGGUCUUUUACCUCACAAAAUUAUAAUAUUACGCUCACCUUAUAUAUACUUGAAUAUUUUAGUAUAGAUUUACUCUAUUUACAUAUUUUUAUCUGUGGAAGACUACUUGGCUAAUUUAGGCCACUGUUGAAAUUCACCCCUUAUUUGCCUUGAUGUUUGAAUUACAAUAAUAAUAUUAAAAUGAGGAUUAAUUGUUACGUAAAUGGUAAUUGUGAUAGAUUUUUUGAUGAUUUUUACAAUCUCAAAAGUCUCAUUAUCCUAAUAUGUAUAGAGUUAUAUAGAGUCACUCUCUACGUAAUAGAUAUACUCUGCUUACACUGUUAAACUAAUAUUAAAAUUUGACCUUACUAAAUAUUAACAGUUUGAACACUGUCAAUAUACACAAUUAUCAUAUUUUUCGGGCUUGGAUAAAAGGGGUCAAAGCAAUGGCUUAUUAUUAUCAUCAUCGCUAACAUCACUGUCCCUGCAAUUGACAAACCGCUCAGAAUCACACUUUCUCUUUGCUUAGUUUCAGUCGCACGACGUGGUAUACUAAAACAUAAGUGAACCCGUUUAGGCAACUCUAUAGUCGUGUAUUGGGCAAAACUGAUCUGCAGGCACUGUUAUCGUACCUCUUGGUAAUUCCACGCGAUUCUUUACCUUUGUUUUUCUUCUGUGUAGAACAAUAUCUUGCGAUAUUUAUUAUCAUACAUACAGAAAUAUAUCCAUACAUAUAUGUAAAUACAUAUAUAUGUUGGCGAUUUUUCAAAUUUAUCAGUUCUCUACACAAGCUGGCACCAGGGAACUGUAGAAUUUCAGAACUCGUUCAGUCCGUUAACUUUGUAACCAUGAUAGCAGGGGGAAGGCAUUGAAAUUGCUAUUCUCGAACCAUUAACGAUCUGACUUAAUAUCAUGUAUACUUGAAAUGUGACAAAGAUUAACGAGAGCCUAUCAAAACUGCUCCGUCACGAAGCAAGUUCCUCAUUUUUAAUAUCGUACUGCGUUGAACAUAGUAAAUGAUAUUCCUGAAUUCGACAAACAUCAAACAGGAUCAGGCGCUCGCAUACAUAAUAAUAUUAAUGGUAGGACUAGUACGAUUCAAGAUAAGCAACUACUUCAAGCCUACGGUUAAUAUCAUAGUCUUCCUAGAAUCCUAAUACAAUAUUCAUGACUUCGCUAUAAUUGUUAGGGCACGGCCAAUUAUUUAAAAAUAAAAGAAAAAAUAUACUGGCUGGUCACAAACGGAAUAAAGCGCGAAAAGAAUUUGUUCCAAUUACUACGCGACUUUAACUAUUAUGAAACGCGCCCUAUUCUAACUGCUAUAUGCCUUUUUAGCAAACAUGGCUUAUACAUUAUUCCUGAGGAUCUUUUUUCUUUAAGCAUAAUUUGACUUAUAUUUAUAUAUAAAAGAAGUUUAUGAACAAAAAUUGAGAAAAACCUGAAAAAAAACAAAACGUAUAAAAAAAAAAAAAAAAUUCGAUCGUUCAUCCGUAUAUGAUAGGUAUUCAUCAUUAUUUUUGUAACAAUAUUUUUAUUCCUCAGUCAUUCAUAUAUUAUACAUUGUAUUUAAUAUGAUUAAUUUUUAUCUUUAUGCAAGCAUUAUGUGUUCUGGCUGUUUACAACGCUGUUAUAGCGUAUUUAUUUCAAUAUGUUAGGGUUGCCUCUCUACCAAAUUUUUGCUGGAGGCAUUUAUCUAGGCUUGAUAUUUUGCUUUAUUACAAACAUUUUAUUUACGUGACUAUUCAUUAUUAUUAUUAGAAUUUAACUUCUUCCACAAAUUUGUAUUUAUAUUAUUUAUACUAUAUUAUCGUUUGAUUCAAUUAUUUUACGUUCUAUAUUUGUGGUUGCGUUAAAUGAGAUGAGAAGAAAAGUGGAAAAGAGAAAAAAAAAAUAUUAUUACACAUUUAUUUUACGUUUUGUUGCAAUCUGCUUCUCUACUGGGGAGUGAAGUUUAUUAUUUAGAUAGUUGAAUAUUGUUAUUACUAGUAAUUUUUUUUUUUUUUCAAAUACUCACUCUGAGAUAGUGCGAUGAUGCCAUGCUAUUUGGCUUACACCAUUACUUCAUACAAAUAACUAAUUAGUUUGCAUAGUAUUUAGAUAUAAAAUAAUAAGAUACCCAUACUAUACUUUGCAUCUAUCAUCUGCAUUCCAAAAUAUUUACCAUGUCGAAAACAAAAAAGAAAACGCAGCAAAUACAAAGUGCUAAAUCUUUGCUACAUAAAUACACGGUACAUCUACACACUCACACACACACGCAUAUACACACAUAGUAAAUACUAAAUAGGUACUGCUUUUCCCUCGCUUCAUGAUACAUCGUUUUACUGUUCCCAUCUGAGUUUAUUUUUUUCCUUUUAACUUUCUGACGAUUUUUUUAUUUUUACUUUCGAAUAUUUUUAUUGUUUUACUAUCGUUAAUUUUGUUUUCGUUUCUUGGUAUUUAAUCGAAAAUACAAGAAAUAAAUUCUUUAGUGCCAAACAAAAUAUUUAUACGUAAUAAGUAUUGCUUAUGAGUUAUUUUAUUAUUCAGACUUUUGAAUUUGUGCCGUGUGAAGUAUCGAGGUAAUUAGAGUAAGAAAAAUUUACGAUUAAAUCCUUGAUUAGUCAGUUAAAGUACAAAUAUUUAAUGUAUUCUAUUGUUAGUUGAUAAGUGAUGAGAGUUGCAUCAAGCGUAAUGAGUGUUACUUUGUUCCAUUCCUCAAUAGCACUAGCUUUAUUUAUUUGCAUUAGUUACUUGUUGUAAUACUUAACAGGCUGAGAGAGGGUAAAAAAGGAAAAGGUCAUGCAAUCGCCCUGUAGAUUAUCAUUCAUUAAUUUUUUUUUUCAAUACCCUAAUUGUCCCCUUUCCGAGGUACUUUGUUUACAUAUCAAAUUGACCACCAAACGACACAGUUGCAUUCCAUUGGUAUGCUUAAUUGCGUCUAUCAGGGUUCGAGGAUGCAUACCUUUAAAUGUUCCGUGAUCUCUGUGUGUUCCCACUGAUAAUUUGUAUAUUGUGAUUUUUAAACCAAUAUUUGGCGAAUGCUGAUUAUUAAGGAAAAAUGGUUAUUAUAUCACUAAUCUGUGCUGUUAAAUGUUUCCAAAGAUUAAAAUGAUUAGUUCUACUGUUAACUAGUGUUACACGCCUCUGCGCUUGACGUUAUACGGUAAAAUAUUCAUUCUUCUGUAUAAUGGAUACUGGACUCGUCAGGUUUGCAACAGUACUCACAUACUCGGUAUAAUAUCCUUGCAAAGUCAACGUGUAACGUAGUUUCGCAAGAGGCAUGUAACUAAGUAGCGAUAUCGUGAAAAAGACAAGAUUUUAACAACUUGACAUAUUAAGUACUUUGUACUGUGGAGUAUUGCCGCUACUUGCAUAAAUAUCAGUUUUGUGACUUAAAAUUCAUGAAAAAUCUGUUGAUUAGUUCGAUUGUAAGCCAUGUUUUCCUACAACAACUUCCAUUGGUACUAUUUUAUUUGAUUGACUGUUUUUAUAUAACAAAAAAAAAAAAAAAAAACAACUUGAAAAAUUCUAAACUAUUAAA